AUGCUUCAAGUUGAGGAUCUAACCAUUGAUAAUCGGGUAGGGACUUGUCGCCUCCAUGAUCUUCUUCGCGAGGUAUGUUUAAGAAAAGCAAAGGAGGAAAUAGGCUUGGAGAUUGUAAAGGGGGAGGAGGGUUUUUCAUCACAAUCCUCGUAUAAACCUCGUCAUCGUGUUGUUUAUGGCAAAAAUAUUGAGAAUCGCUCGACAAAUCAGAAUAAGCAUCUUCGCUCUCUUUUCCUACUUAAUCUCAAUGGUGAUGGAAAUGUUUAUAUGACUACUCCAUCCGAUUACUGGAAGAGCUUUCAACUCCUUAAGAUGCUCGACCUUGACGGAUUUGCAUUUCAGAGAUUGCCAGACUCUUUUCGGCUAUUGAUUGGAUUGAAGUACUUGAGAAUACAUAGACAACGGUAUUUCUUGCGUUACGUAUUGAAGCUCCCAAGCUGGUUGAAGGACUUGAAAAACCUCGAGGUGCUUGACGUAGAGAAUGAGGUGAUAGUGUUCCCAAAUGUUGCACUUGAAAUGGAAAAACUACGUCACUUCCACAUAUACAGCGUCUUGGGCAAACCAAUGAGCAUCGAGAAUUGGAAAAAUAUUGAGAGUGUGAAAGGCAUGAGGCUAAAGGAUUGGCUAGAGUGCAGCUCAAAACUAAUGGCAAGUUGCCGUGUUCGCGAAUUGGGCAUACAUAUGAAUGGAAUGGAAGGAAAUAAGGAUUUGAGCAUGGCGAGUGCAUCGUUGGAGAAGAUGACGAAUCUUGUGGAACUACACCUAAAAUGCAACUCAUUGUUGUUCAACUCAAACAUCAUUCCCCAGCUCGGCAGCAUCACAAAACUCAAACUACACGGUAAGAUGCAUGGAUGUCCGGAUGCGAGUAAAUUCCCUCCAAAUCUUACUCACCUUACGUUGGAGUAUGCAAAGCUAAUUAAGGAUCCGAUGCCGGAAUUGGGUAAGCUGCCGAAGCUGCAGUAUCUCAAGUUAUCUGAAUAUGCUUACGAGCAUCGGAGCAUGAAAGUGUUGCGUGACGGGUUCCCCCGCCUCAAGGGCCUCUCCCUCCGGAACAUGUUUGAGUUGAGAAGUAUCGAUAUAGAAGAAGGUGGAAUGCCGCACCUCAAACAUCUCCAGAUCCAUAAAUGCGAGAAUCUGGAUGCGAAGAAUCUGUGGGGGCACAUCAAGGCCAUAACGAUGUAUAAUUAG